AUGGAGCAGCCGCAGCCCGCGCCGGGCUCUUUGAGCUGGCGCUUGAGCUCGCAUCCAAUUACGCUUCUGAUUUUUCUCGGCUUUCGCGUUUCUAGUCUGCUCGUCUACCUCUUCGGCAUACUCUUGAUCCACAACCUUGUCAUGAUUUUCAUCAUCACCAUCCUCCUCCUUGCGGCCGAUUUCUACUACCUCAAGAACAUUGCCGGCCGCCGGCUGGUCGGCCUGCGCUGGUGGAACGAGGUGGACCCGGCGACGGGCAAGUCGCACUGGGUGUUUGAGAGCAGCGAGCCCGGCACCAAGGUCGUCAACCCCACCGACAGCCGCUUCUUUUGGAUCGCCAUCUACGCGCAGCCGUGUCUCUGGAUCGCCCUUGCGCUCGUGGCUCUGUUGACGUUCAACUUUAUUUGGCUGCCGCUUGUUGUUAUUGCGCUUGUCUUGACGAUUACCAACUCCCUUGCCUUUUCGCGAUGUGACAAGUUCAGCCAGGCGUCGAAUCUGGCGGGGAGAGCCUUCAGCGGCGGCAACCUUGCCGGGAGCAUUGCGAGCAAUAUGGUGGGGAGGUUCUUCUCAAGGUGA